CCUACAUGAUUUUGGCUGUUCAAAACUGUUGGGUUAUCCUUUCGGUCAUUGAUUGUGUUCAUUUGAUCAUCUGAGGAAGAAGUAGAGAGCUAGCUACACGCGAAACAUGGCUUUGGCCUUGGUAGCUGAGUUUGCGGCGUCGGUCGUAAUCGAGAAGCUGAUCAGCACGGCCGUAUCCGACGUUUGGGAACGCUGCGCCGGGCCGAGCGCCAUGCAGGAGGAGGUCCAGAGGCUUCAGCAGGCUUUUCCGCGGAUUCAAACCAUUUUGGAUAUGGUCGAGAGGGGCCAGACUGUCGGCACGAAGCAAAACGACGUGCUGGACGCCUGGCUGUGGCAACUCAGAGACGCUGUCGAUCAGGCGGAGGACGUGCUCGAUGAGAUGGAGUACUACGAGCUGGAGAAGGCAGUGCAAGCUGGACAUAACAAGGUACAACAAGGUACUGCACUCAACUUAAAAAGGAAGUUCGCUGAUUUUGCUAACAAUAUCUUUGGAAAUGACGACACCUUGAUGAGGUUGAGGGAGGCCGUGAAGGCGUUAGAUAAUGUUGCUGCUGCUAGUGAAACUUUACUUCAGCUUGUUUCGCAGCUAUACAAUUCGGAUGUUAAGCAUCAACAAGAAGAUGAGAUACGAAAUGCUCGUGAGACUAGCUCCUUUUUAACUGAGGAUACGAUUUGCGGUCGAGACACGGAGAAGGAAAGGAUAGUUGAAUGGUUAACGAAACCAACAAGCGAUGAGCCUGAGAAUACUUCUACCACUGUCGGAAAGGUCUCGGCUUUUGCGAUCGUUGGCAUGGGUGGGUUGGGAAAAACUACUCUUGCGCAGUUCAUCUACCACGAUGAAAAGGUGGGGGAGUUCUUCGACUUGGUUAUGUGGGUGUGUGUUUCCGAUCAAUUUGAUGUGACCAUGCUGACAAGAAAGAUCUUGGAAGCGGCAAAGGUAUGGGAUAGCCUUGGAGACAAGAGACUUAAUACAAUUCAAGAGAUUCUUAAAGAGAAGCUGAUCUCAAAGAAGUUUCUUCUUGUGCUAGACGAUGUUUGGAAUGAUGAUAAAAUACUUGAAUGGGAUAAAUUGAUGGCUCCUUUAAAAUUCGGAAGGAAAGGAAGCAAGAUUCUCUUGACAACGCGAAUGAAUUCAGUGGCGAAUAUAGUAGCCAGAGUUCUACGAGGUAAAAAAGAAUCUUUAAAAUUGAGUGGGUUAAAAGAAGAUGAUUUUAUACUGCUUUUCAAUAAGCAUGCAUUUUCCGGAGAGAACAUUGACAAUCACAAAAACUUACAAUUGAUCGGGCAGCAAAUAGCAAAGAAGCUUGGGGGAUGUCCGUUGGCAGCAAAAAUUUUGGGCGGAUGUCUGAACUCUUGGAUGGAUGAAAAAUAUUGGAGAAGAAUUUUGAAUGAAAAUUUUCUAAAUUUGCAAGAAAGUGAGGACAACAUUAGGGUGAUUCUAAGAUUGAGCUAUCAUCAUCUGCCAACAAGCUCGCAAAUCUGCUUUAGAUACUGCAGUAUAUUUCCCAAGGGUUAUGAGUUUGAAAAGAAUGAGCUUAUCCGUAUGUGGAUAGGUUCUGGGUUAAUCAAGCAACCAAUACAUGAAAAGCGAAGCUUAGAGGAUAUCGGAGAGGAGUAUUUAAAUCAUCUAGCAAGAAAAUCCCUUUUUGAUAUCACAAUAAUCAAGUAUGGUUCUGACCGUAAACGUCAUUAUGUCAUGCAUGAUCUGUUGCAUGAUCUAGCUCAGCUUGUCUCUUCAGGGGAAUGUUUGGGAAUUGAAGAUGAUGGUUCCAGAGAUAUCCCCGAAACAAUCCGCCACUUAUAUGUCAACAGGGUACCAGUCAACAAGGUAAAAGUAAACCGUGUCAACAGGGUAAACCCUCUUAUGAUCUCCCAUCUCAAGAACUUACGCACUCUUAUUAUUCAUUUAAACGAGAAUUUCACUGUAGUAGAUUUUAAUAAGGUUCUAAAAGAGUUAAAAAGCUUACGCUUUCUACGAGUGACUGCAGAUGACUAUAAGUUUCCAGAUGAAGUUGGUAAACUCAUUCACCUCCGCUACCUCUCCCUCGCUUCUUCUGUUGUCAGAGGAAAUGAGGUAUCUAUUCUACCUCAAUCUGUCUGUAGACUCUAUCACCUAGAAGUAAUGAAGCUUCCGGCAAUGACAAUAGAUGAUUCGACACUGGAUGGAAUGAGCAAUCUGGCUAAAUUGAGGCUGCUACAUACUCCUUAUCGUAUAAUGGACAAGAUUCCUUGGAUUGGCAAACUAACAUCACUCCAGGAGUUACAUAAUUUCCAUGUCCGUAAGGAGUGCGGCUACAAGAUAGAUCAAUUAAAAGACCUGCAAAACCUCCGAAAACUACGCAUUAGGGGUCUGGAAAAUGUAAGGAGUUCCGAAGAGGCUGGGGAUGCCAACUUGAUUGAGAAAAAAAAUCUUGAUAAAUUGUCACUCUUUUGGUCUAAGAACCGUCGUGCUGAUCUAGAGGUAGAUGAGCCACUUCUUGAUAACUUAAGACCACAUACCAAUCUCAAGGAAUUAGAAAUUGAAGGAUACGCCGGAGUUAGAUCUCCAUAUUGGAUGACGGCGACAUCUCUUUCUAAUGUAACGAAUAUCAAUCUAUACAAUUGUAGCAGAUGGGAGAACCUCACACCUUUUGGGCAACUUCCUUUGCUCAAGCUUCUUAAUUUACAAAGCAUGCGGGCUGUAAAGAAAUUAUGGCGCUCAAUAAGUGUUGGCGGUUGCGCCUUUCCAUCGCUGGAGGAGCUACGAUUGAUUGACAUGCCGGACUUGGAGUUGUUCGAAGGCGAGCACAUGUUUCCUCGGCUUAACAAAUUGCUUAUAUCUUCUUGUCCUAACUUGAAGGGUUUGCCUGCUUUGCCUCUUACUCUAAAUCAACUGGAAAUUCUGGCGGUCGGAUUGACUUCUCUUCCGACGAUGCAACAAGACUGCAGUAGCGGCGAAGGACGAGCAUCGUGCUCAUCAUCAUCGCAUCCGACACUUUCUAAACUAAGCAUUUGUGAGUGCCCAAACCUCACAUCUCUAGAUGGAUUCAUGUUGCAGCAACAAUAUUUUCCAGCCUUGAAGAGUUUAUCCAUUGAAGAAUGUGAAAAUCUAAGGCAUUUGCCGGGAAAAUUCUUCCGAAAACUUCCCUCCCUCGAGGGUUUGGUUAUACAAAUGUGCCCCAAUCUCACGACGCACGGGACGAUUCUAGACGAUCGACGAUUGCCCGAGACACUUGAAAGGCCCACUGUUGUAUCAAGCGGCGAUCUCGAUCUGUCGCUACUCGAGGAGUCAUUGCCAAUACUGACCUCUCUAGUCACCUUGUCCCUUAAUGGUUGCGCGAGCGUGACAUCCCUUCCUCCGGCGGAAGUUUUUCCAAGGUUGUCGAAAGUCUACAUCUGGAACUGUGAAGAACUGUCGUCAUUGGACGGGCUACAAUCUUGCCCCUCGCUUGAAUCCUUGUCCAUUGGUGGCUGCGCAAGCAUGGCGUCCCUUCCUCCGGCGGAAGUUUAUCCAAGGUUGUCGGAACUCCACAUCUGGAACUGUAAGGAGCUGUCGUCACUGGAUGGGCUACGAGCGCUCCCCUCGCUCAAAUCCUUGUGGAUUGGAGGAUGCGACGCGCUCGUCGAGCUUUCACUGUUGCAACCACCGUUAGGCCUCACCAGUACCAGUCCCACAGAUAUGGAGCUUCCUCAUCUUCAAAUCGACCGGCAAGCUCUGUUGCGUCUCGAACCACUGAGAAACCUCAGCUCUGUUAGCUCACUCACCAUAACUGAUGAUACCGAACUCACAUCCCUCGACGAGCAAUGGCUGUUGCAAAACCGAUACUCCCUCCGAAGCUUUGCAAUUCUCAAGGCCUUGUCUCUUGAAUCCUUACCAACCAGUAUGAUGGAUCUUCAAGCCCUGUGUGAAUUGUCUAUUUAUGACGCUCCUUUGCUUCGGACGAUUCCGGAGCUGCCCACCUCAGUGACAUUUCUAAGAAUUACCGGCUGUCUCCCCGAAUUGAAGGACUACAUUGAAGGCUCUGGAAAAUUCGCCAGUAUUCGUUGUUUGCAGUUCCCAGCAGGCUGCUGCAAAACAAAAGUCAAAGUUAGUUUUAGAUAUUCCAGACAUCUUGCUUCUCAUUUGGCUCCACCGGUCUGCUAAAUUUCCAAAGAGGGAGGUCGCGAACUGUUGUGUAGUUGUGAAAUUGUGAAGCAGCCAAUUCCACAAAGAUCUUGCAUAAGUGCAGUGGAAUAAAAUAUGAUCCAGAGUUUCCGCGUAACGCAGAUAGAUGGCCCGUUCCAACCCCUUUUCUAGAGAAUUUCUACGGUAAGAACUUUAUUUCUUGCGGCUAGCCACAUGAAGAUUUUGAUUCUGAGGGGAAUCCUUAUUUUCCAAAGGAAAGAAAAUUUUGAGUCGUUUAUUCCGUCAUAUGUUAGGAAGUUGUAGGCGCUCUGAGCCGAAAGUAGUCCUGAAUUAGUCCAU